GAGAUUACACACACAACACACACUUGAGAGUGAGAGAGCGGUGUUCUAGGAGUUCAGUUGAAGGCAGGGAGAGAUUGAGAGGAAAAUUUGAAGAAAAAUCAGUUAAAAGGACUCCUUUCUGGAGUCCUAAAAUUGUGGGUUUUUUUUUGUUUCCCCAUUUCUUCUUCUCAGCUCAAUUAUUUCCUUCGCCUUUCUUGCUCUGUCUCCCUCUGCCUCACGAGUGUUGUUGAAAUUCUAGCGUGGUUUGUCUGACAUUUGUUUAUUUGUUGUAAUUAAAGAUGUUUAUCGAGAACUUUAAGGUUGACAGCCCCAAUGUGAAGUACUCCGAGAGUGAGAUUCACUCUGUUUAUAACUAUGAAACCACCGAACUUGUUCAUGAGAACAGAGACGGUACUUAUCAGUGGAUUGUCAAGCCCAAAUCUGUUCAAUAUGAAUUCAGGACUGAUAUUCAUGUCCCCAAAUUAGGGGUUAUGCUUGUGGGGUGGGGAGGGAACAAUGGUUCAACUCUGACAGGAGGCGUCAUUGCAAACAGGGAGGGAAUUUCUUGGGCAACCAAGGACAAAGUGCAACAAGCAAAUUACUUCGGCUCUCUUACCCAGGCAUCUUCCAUAAGGGUUGGAUCCUUCAAUGGAGAGGAGAUCUAUGCCCCAUUCAAGAGCCUCCUUCCCAUGGUCAACCCAGAAGACAUUGUUUUUGGCGGGUGGGACAUAAGCAACCUGAAUUUGGCUGAUGCCAUGGCCAGGGCUAAGGUCUUAGAUAUUGAUCUACAGAAACAAUUGAGGCCCUACAUGGAAUCCAUGGUCCCUCUCCCUGGUAUCUAUGACCCUGAUUUCAUUGCUGCUAAUCAAGGCUCACGUGCUAACAACUUGAUCAAAGGAACCAAGAAAGAACAAGUUGAACAAGUUAUUAAGGAUAUUAGGGAGUUCAAGGAGAAGAACAAGGUGGACAAGAUUGUUGUCUUAUGGACCGCUAACACAGAGAGAUACAGCAAUGUUGCUGUUGGCCUUAAUGACACGACGGAAAAUCUUCUUGCUGCUUUGGACAGAAAUGAGGCUGAGAUUUCACCCUCCACCUUGUAUGCUAUAGCUUGCAUGUAUGAAAAUGUCCCUUUUAUAAACGGCAGCCCUCAGAACACAUUUGUCCCAGGUUUGAUUGAUUUGGCCAUUAAGAGGAACUGCUUGAUUGGUGGAGAUGACUUCAAGAGUGGGCAGACAAAGAUGAAAUCUGUGCUUGUUGAUUUCCUCGUGGGGGCUGGUAUCAAGCCAACUUCAAUUGUGAGCUACAACCAUUUGGGGAACAAUGAUGGCAUGAAUCUUUCUGCCCCUCAAACUUUUAGGUCCAAGGAGAUCUCCAAAAGCAAUGUGGUGGAUGACAUGGUUGCCAGCAAUGGUAUCCUUUAUGAACCUGGGGAGCACCCUGACCAUGUUGUUGUCAUUAAGUAUGUGCCAUAUGUUGGAGACAGCAAGAGAGCCAUGGAUGAAUACACAUCAGAAAUAUUUAUGGGGGGAAAGAGCACUAUAGUGUUGCACAACACUUGUGAAGACUCUCUUUUGGCUGCUCCAAUCAUCUUGGAUCUUGUCCUCCUUGCUGAACUUAGCACUCGCAUUCAGCUCAAAGCUGAAGGAGAGGGAAAGUUCCACUCCUUCCACCCUGUGGCCACAAUUCUCAGCUAUCUCUCUAAAGCCCCUCUUGUACCACCAGGCACACCAGUGGUGAAUGCACUUUCAAAACAGAGGGCAAUGCUAGAGAACAUAUUGAGGGCUUGUGUUGGACUCGCACCAGAGAACAACAUGAUUUUGGAAUAUAAGUGAAGAAUUUGCAUCCAUCUGAUUUAUGGAUGUUUAGCAAGAGAUUCAUAUCAAGGAAAAUUAGUUCCGUGCUGUUUGUUCAAGGAACCAACCUUUCUUUCCUUCUUUUUUUCUUCUUCUUUUUGUUAUUUUUAAUCCUUUGUAAGCUAGUAUGUCAUGUGUCAAUGUCUUCUUUUGAAGAUGCAAUAUUCUGGUUAGUUACUGUGUAAUUUGGCUGGUAAUUAAGAUAAUGUCUUUCAGUUGUUGAUCUCA